AUGUAUUUUCAUUUUGCAUCAAAUUUCAACACCAUCAUGUCAAAUCAGAUAUUACAAAUUGUUGUUGCAAUUUCACUAUUGUUGAGCUAUGCCAAAAUUGAAGCAAGACAAAGCCUAUCUGAGGUUGAAGAUUUAGAAUUGGAGAGGCAAUUAAAGCUUAUAAAUAAACCAGCUAUCAAGACUAUAAAGACCAAUAAUGGAGAUGUAUAUGACUGCGUAGAUUUUUAUAAGCAACCUGCUUUUGACCAUCCACUAUUACAGAAUCAUGAUUUUCAUUCAAAGAUGAAACCUACUUUAUCCAAAUCAAGAAUAGAUGCAAAGGCUUCGAUCUUUGAAAGACCUUCAAAGAUUGGGUUGGAAGGCGAUGGAUGUCCUAGUGGAACUGUUCCUAUUAAAAGAGUUACUAAAGAGGAUCUCAUUCGACACCAACAUAUGCAAUGCAUGGACAAAAGUCAUCGUAAUGGUCAUGGAAACAACAUAACCAAUUCUAAGGCCUCAAUUUCCCUAGAUGAUGUAAAUCCUUACCAGUAUGCAGAAACACAAAUUCCAAGUUCUGAUAGAAAUAUAAUACUUGGAGGUGGCAUGAUUACUACUAUACAUGCACCAAUUAAUGUUCAAAAAGAUCAGUUUAGUGGAGCUCGCGUGAGGCUUGAAGCUGGACUAAGUGAUGCCAUUGAAGUUGGCUGGAUUGUGCAUCCUAGUCUAAAUGGUGACAAUAAGCCAAGACUUUAUGCAAAAUUUGAGGCUGGAAGUGCAGGUUGCUUUAAUACAUUAUGUUCUGGCUUUGUCCUAGUAAACACAGGUAUACCUUUAGGAAUGCCACUUGUACCUUCAAGAAUUGGUGGACCUGUGAGUUCACAACUAAUGUAUCUUGAACAGGAUACAACAAGUGGAAAUUGGUGGGUUAUGCUAGGAGAGGACUACAAACAAGUGGGAUUUUGGCCUAAAAGUAUUUUUACAACAUUACAAGCUCAUGCAUUAAGUGCUCAAUAUGGAGGUAUAACAUAUAGUCCACAAGGAUUACCUUUCCCUCCAAUGGGUAGUGGACUUUUUCCAAAUAAAAAUUUACUAGAAAAUGCAUAUUUUAGAAAGUGCACUUUUAUGUAUGUUGUGGAUAAUAAAGUUGUAACAUACUCUUUAGAUCAUAUUGGCACAAAUCAAUUUGAGAGUAGCACAAAUUUAUAUAAAGUUCAAGAUUUUAUAGAUCAAGGAGAUGUACUUGGUCAUUUGAUUGUUUAUGGAGGACCUGGUGAUAAACAUUGA